ACAUGUAUCAACCAAAGCUCAGAAGGGCUGCAAACGUACCAGGGGUCUACUAAACAACGUACAUAACAACAUGUAUCAACCAAAGCUCAGAAGGGCUGCAAACGUACCAGGGGUCUACUAAACAACGUACAUAACAACAAACGUGUGCUUGUAUCAGUAUGUACAACUCAUGAAAAGUACGGUGUUUGAAACAAAAUGAAAUGAGAAACCGUAUAAUAAAGUCGUAUGAUAAUGUGAUAUUGAAAGUUUUCCCUGUUGUUGUCAGUAAGGGAAUUUCCCUGCAUGUUCAUGAGAUGUGCGAUUCAACUAUACGUUAAUAUAAUUGUUCAUGGUUUUUAGUGGCCAAUGCAUCUCCAAAACAAGCUUCCUCAGCGAAGUCUACAAAACAAGGCUCACGGCAGCCAAAACAGUCCACCAAAAACUCGAAAAGUCGUUCCAACAGUAGCUCAACAUUGUCACAGAAUGGCGGUCAAAAAGCCAAGGCUGUCAGAUGCAACAGCACAGGCCAACUUAACUUAACAACACUUUCGACUGGCAAUUGGAGAAAUGAGGAUACCAAACAAGGUCUACCGUUCCAACAACAACGAUAUACUCAUGAACAAUUACUGCAGCACGUCACGCAACAAGUGAUGCAUCAACAGAACCAACAACAACAACAGCAACAGCAGCAACAACAACAGAUUUACAAUGUACAAACACUACAAACAGAACUAUUAUCUCAAAACAUGAUUAGCCCAAAACAUGACUCGCAACAACCGCAGCAGCAGCAGCCACAGCAGCAGUUUUACAAUCUACACCCAAGACCAUCACAACAACAGCAGCAGCAAAGUCAUUAUCAGCAACAACAACGACAGCAAGUACAGCAGCAACAACAACAACAASAACAACAACAAUUACAAAGACAGUACGAACAAAAACGAAUUCAAGAACAAGUUUUGCAGCAACAACAGCAGCAGCUGCGGCAACAGGAGGCAAUCCAAGCCAACAACCGUCGUAAUAACCUUCAGCAACCAAAACACCACCAGCAACACCGCCAGCAACAACACAUUCCACAACAACAGCAGCAACAACAGCUGCCACAGCAACAAUUGCCACAGCAGCAACAACWGAUGCCACAACAGCAACAACAGAUGUCACAACAGCAACAAUUGCCACAGCAACAGCAACAAAUGCCGCAACAUCAUCAUCCGCAACACAUGUUACAGCAGCAACAUAUCUCACAACAUCACCAACAGCAACGACAAAUGCCACAACAACAACAGCAGCAAAUGACGCAGCAACAAUCGCAGCUUAUGUCACAACACCAACAACAUAUGCCUCAACAUCAGCGUCUUAAACAACAACUGCAUCAACAGCAGCAGCAUCAAUUACAGCAACAGCAGCAACACCAAUUGCAGCAAUAUAAAUUACAACAGCUUCAAUUACAGCAACAUCAGUUGCAACAGCAACGCCAAAUACAGCAUCAGAAGCACUUGCAACCUCAUCUUCACAAGAAUAAUCAUCUGCAGCACCACCAUCUUCAACAAAAUCUACAAAAUACAGUGAAAAAUACCAUGGAAAAUGUCACUACUGCUGCACAGUUACCAGGUCAAAGACUUCCCUCAAUGCCUUUAAUUUCGUCGCUCUCACGAAUAACUAUUAACAAUCCCGUAACUGCGUCGUCUACCGCUCGGCCUCUUUUACCAAAGGCGGCCUUAUCAAACACUCCAGGAAAGUCCCGCAACCCACAAAUAGUUUCCGUUACUCAAAAUCGACCCAUCGCGCCCCGGACUCACGGAGUAGUACAGACCAAUAGUGGGAACACAGGAAUGCCUGUUAUCACUGCUAUUAUAUCGGGACCUCUUAGUCAAGAAAUAUUGCCACAAAAUAUACCAAACAAUGAUCGUAAUGCGGUGUUUUUAGAAACAGACUUGAAUAGCACUUUAGGAAGCAAUUAUUCUCUCUUACAAUUUAACACUGCACAGAUGAAUAGYUUGUUGAAUGAUAGUGAAACAGCGACGAUACUGCAGCAAAAYCAGGUAAAGGACAGCGUGGCUUUGAGUACCAUUGACACUGUAGUAGCAUCAGGGGUUGAUAUAAUGAAUUCUUGGCCGAUGAAUAUAGACAAUAUCCCGCUUUAAAUCAUACAAAUUUUGUYAUAAGAUCCGCAGAGAACAAUUACCCAAGAAUGGACGUCGUCAGUAAUCCAUGAGAACUAUAAAUAAAUUGUUCAUUUAUA